GCACAUGGCCAUGGAGGCUAUGAUUCUGAUUUUAGUGAUGAGGAGAAUGGAGAGAAGUCUGCGCAAAAGACUAAAAGCAUAAAGGACGAUGGCCUUCUGACAAAGCCGUUCCAAAAAGCAAAACAAGGCAGUGUCGUUCACAGACAGUUUGCAGCUGAAGAAUGGGACAGGGAAGAAGCAAGGAAAAGAAGAUUUCACUUAAUAGCGAUGGAUGCCUAUGAAAGACAUAAAAAGUUUGUGAAGGACUACAUUUUGUACUAUGGUGGCAAAAUAGAGGAUUUCCGACGUUCUGGAGCAAAUGACAAGACGGAUCUGGAUGUUAUUAGAGAAAACCAUAGAUUCCUGUGGAAUGAAGAUGAUGAAGCAGAGAUGAAUUGGGAGAAGAGGCUUGCAAAGAAGUAUUAUGAUAAAUUGUUCAAAGAAUACUGUAUAGCAGAUCUCAGUAGAUACAAAGAGAAUAAGUUUGGGUUUAGAUGGCGACAUGAGAAAGAAGUAAUUUCAGGGAAAGGUCAGUUUUCCUGUGGCAAUAAGCACUGUGAUGAAAAAGAAGGCCUGAAGAGCUGGGAGGUGAAUUUUGGUUAUGUUGAACAUGGUGAGAAGAGGAAUGCACUUGUGAAGUUGAGACUAUGUCCAGAAUGUUCCUACAAACUAAACUUUCAUCACCGGAGGAAAGAAGUCAAAGCACGCAAGAAAAGAGGCACAACUACAUCAAACUCUAAAGAGCCAAAAAUUAAAAAGAAAAAAUUGUCUUGUUCAGAAAAAAAGUCAAGAAAAAAGACCCAUAAAGAUCAGUCUUCUUCAGAAGAUUCAGAUUCUUCUGAUAAAGAUUCAGAUCAUAGUGAUGCGCAAGAUGGUCCUUCAGAUGCUGACUUUUGGAAAGGUCCUCCAGAAGAAGCAGAUGAAAAAUCACGGGAGGAGGAGUUUGAUGAGUAUUUUCAAGACUUGUUUCUCUGA